AUAUAUCUCCAUGGCUGAUGAGACUGGCCGGGCACUUUCAAAAUGGCGGAGUGUGGAGUGAGCGGCAGCGGGAGCAGCGGGGACAGCCUGGACAAGAGCAUCACACUGCCCCCAGAUGAGAUCUUCCGCAACCUGGAGAACGCCAAGCGCUUCGCCAUCGACAUAGGUGGAUCGUUAACUAAGCUGGCUUACUAUUCAACGGUGCAACACAAGGUCGCCAAAGUGAGGUCUUUUGACCACUCAGGAAAGGACAUGGAACAUGAUCACGAACCACCCUACGAGAUUUCCGUUCAGGAAGAGAUCACUGCUCGGCUGCAUUUCAUUAAGUUUGAAAACACCUAUAUUGAGGCCUGCUUGGACUUCAUCAAAGACCACCUGGUCAACACCGAGACCAAGGUCAUCCAGGCGACAGGAGGCGGGGCGUACAAGUUCAAGGACCUCAUUGAGGAAAAGCUACGGCUAAAGGUUGACAAGGAGGAUGUGAUGACAUGUUUGAUAAAAGGCUGCAAUUUUGUGCUGAGGAACAUCCCACAGGAGGCCUUCAUUUAUCAGAAGGAUUCUGACCCCGAGUUCCGCUUUCAGACAAACCACCCCAACAUCUUCCCCUACCUUCUUGUCAAUAUUGGCUCUGGAGUCUCUAUUGUGAAGGUGGAGACUGAGGACAGAUUUGAGUGGGUUGGCGGCAGCUCCAUUGGAGGUGGCACCUUCUGGGGCCUUGGGGCUCUGCUCACCAAGACCAAGAAGUUCGAUGAGCUGCUGCACCUGGCCUCGAAGGGCCAGCACACAAACGUAGACAUGCUGGUGCAGGACAUCUAUGGGGGUGCCCACCAGACCCUGGGGCUGAGCGGCAAUCUCAUCGCAAGCAGCUUCGGGAAGUCAGCCACCACUGACCAAGAGUUCUCCAAGGAGGACAUGGCCAAGAGUCUGCUACACAUGAUCAGCAAUGACAUCGGGCAGCUUGCCUGCCUCCACGCCCGGCUGCAUAAGCUGAACCGGGUAUACUUCGGGGGCUUCUUCAUCCGGGGCCACCCUGUGACCAUGCGUACCAUCACCUACAGCAUCAACUUCUUCUCCAAGGGGGAAGUCCAGGCGCUGUUCCUGAGGCACGAGGGCUACCUGGGCGCCAUUGGCGCAUUCCUGAGAGGGGCCGAGCAAGACAACCCCAACCAGUAUAGCUGGGGGGAGAACUACGCGGGUAGCUCCGGGCUGAUGAGCACUGCACCUGAACUGGGCCCCACACAGCGGGCAAGGAGCGGCACUUUUGACUUACUGGAAAUGGACCGGCUGGAGAGGCCACUGGUCAACCUGCCCCUCCUCCUGGACCCAUCCUCCUAUGUACCUGACACCGUCGAUCUCACUGAUGACGCCCCAGCCCGCAAGUACUGGCUCACCUGCUUUGAGGAGGCCCUAGACGGGGUUGUGAAGCGUGCCGUGGCGAGCCAGCCAGAUUCUGCUGAUGCUGCAGAGAGGGCGGAAAAGUUCCGACAGAAGUACUGGGACAAGCUUCAGACUCUGAGGCAGCAGCCGUUUGCUUACGGGACCCUGACUGUGCGCAGCCUGUUGGACACGAGGGAGCACUGUUUGAACGAGUUCAACUUCCCGGACCCCUACUCCAAAGUAAAGCAGAAAGAGAACGGCAUUGCAUUGAAGUGCUUUCCGAAGACAGUUCACUCCCUGGACUCACUGGGUUGGGAGGAGAGGCAGCUGGCCCUGGUGAAAGGCCUUUUGGCAGGGAACGUCUUCGACUGGGGGGCCAAAGCUGUGUCCGAUGUUCUUGAAUCCGACCCCCAGUUUGGGUUUGAAGAAGCAAAGAGGAAGUUACAAGAGCGCCCCUGGCUCGUGGACACCUACAGCAAGUGGCUUCAGAGAUUAAAGGGGCCCCCUCAUAAAUGUGCCUUAAUUUUCGCAGAUAACAGUGGAAUAGACAUCAUUUUGGGAGUCUUCCCCUUUGUCAGGGAGCUACUCCUUAGAGGGACAGAGGUCAUCCUGGCAUGCAACUCGGGCCCAGCCCUGAAUGACGUGACCUACAGUGAGGCCCUCAUCGUGGCUGAGCGCAUCGCAGCCAUGGACCCUGUUGUCCACUCUGCACUCAGAGGGGAGAGGCUGCUGUUGGUACAGACGGGCUCCAGCUCCCCAUGCCUCGACCUCAGCCGCUUGGACAAGGGGCUGGCUGUGCUGGUACGGGAGCGAGGUGCAGACCUAGUGGUCAUCGAGGGCAUGGGCCGUGCCGUCCACACCAACUACCACGCAGCCCUGCGCUGUGAGAGUCUCAAGCUGGCGGUCAUCAAGAAUGCCUGGCUGGCUGAGCGGCUAGGUGGCCGGCUUUUCAGUGUCAUCUUCAAGUAUGAGGUUCCAGCUGAGUGAGGCGCCUGCUUCUGCCAGACUGUUUUGCUUGUCACUGUCAGGAGUGUGUUUUUACCACACGGGGAAACUGCAUUCAAAUUAAAAUAUUUAUAUUGUGCUCUGUGACAUGGGGCAUGCACCCCAACCGGCACAGUCGCGCCGCGUCUGUGAUGGAAGAUGCAGCUUUUGUCCUGUGAGACGUUGUAUUGGAAUAUAUUUAAUUGUUAAAUAAUCUUUUAUAUAUGUAUAAAUAUAUAAAUAUAUACACGUGUGUCUGCUGGAAUGAGUG